AGGGGGCGGGGCAGGGGGAGCCCUAUAACUGGACGAGUCCGGGAUCCCGGAGUCCUACUCAGCCCCAGCAGAGGCGCGGGACCUUGUUCCAAGGAGUCGUGUCUCCUCCCCAGACCAAUCGCAGACGGCAAGAUGAAGGUUCUGUGGGCUGUGUUGGCGUUCGCGUUCCUGACAGGAUGCCGGGCUGAUGUGGAGCCGCAGCUGGAGCCCGAGGUGCGGGAGCCGCCCAAGUGGCAGGCAGGCCAGCCCUGGGAGCUGGCGCUGGGCCGCUUCUGGGACUACCUGCGCUGGGUGCAGACGCUGUCUGACCAGGUGCAGGAGGAGCUGCUCAGCUCCCAGGUCACCCAGGAACUGACAGUGCUGAUGGAGGAGACCAUGAAGGAGGUGAAAGCCUACAAGGCGGAGUUGGAGGAGCAGCUGGGCCCCAUGAAGGAGGAGACGCAGGCCCGGUUGUCCAAGGAGCUUCAGGCGGCUCAAGCCCGGCUGGGGGCCGACAUGGAGGACGUGCGCACCCGCCUGGCUCAGUACCGCAGCGAGGUGCAGACCAUGCUGGGCCAGAGCACGGAGGAGCUGCGGGCGCGCUUGUCCUCCCACCUGCGCAAGAUGCGCAAGCGCCUGCUGCGCGACGCAGAGGACCUGCAGAAGCGCCUGGCCGUGUACCGCGCUGGGGUGCAGGAGGGCGCUGAGCGGGGCGUGAGCGCUAUCCGGGAGCGCCUGGGGCCGCUGAUGGAGCAGGGCCGCCUGCGGGCCAACACCGUGAGCGCUCUGGCCGCCCAGCCGCUGCAGGAGCGGGCUCAGGCCUGGGGUGAGCGGCUGCGCGGGAGGUUGCAGGAGGUGGGCAGCCAGGCCCGCGACCGCCUGGACGAGGUGCGCGAGCAGGUGGAGGAGGUGCGGGCCAAGGUGGAGGAGCAGGCCACCCAGAUGCGCCUGCAGGCUGAGGCCUUCCAGGCCCGCCUUCAGAGCUGGUUCGAGCCCCUGGUGAAAGACGUGCAGCGCCAGUGGGCCGAACUGGUGGAGAAGGUGCAGGCCGCCGUGGGCACCAGCGCUGCUCCUGUGUCCAGCGAGAAUCACUGAGCGCCCGGCCUGUACCUGGCUGACGGCCCCGCCUCAAACCCCUUCCCCUCAGCCAGCCAGAGGCCUUGUCACACCCCUCCCCAUGCUCCUGGCAGGCCCUAGAUUCAUAAUAAUAAAGAUUGUCAAGCCUCACAGCA